CCUGACAGGGUAUAUAUAAAGGCAAGCGCGGGGCGGAUCGACACGACUUGUGUUCGCCUCAGGUGUGGUGGCAGUAGCAUUCUUCCCCUCCCACCGCACACACUAAGAAUGGGCGUGCGAGUGUUGGUGUUCCUGGUGGCGGCGGCAGCCGUUGCCAUGGCAGGCUACAUCCCGCCAACCAAGAGCUUCGGCGCUGGAGCAUCGGCAGGAUCCAAGGCUUCGGCAUCUUCCUCUUCCUCUUCCUUUGGUUCCGCCUCCGCAGGAGCUUCAUCAGGAGCAGGAAGCUUCGGUUCCGCUGGUAGUCACGGCGCUGCUGGUGGCCAUGGCGCUGGCGGUUCAUUCGGUUCUGCUGGCGGUUCUGCUGGCGCUCAUGGCACUGGAAGUUCAUUCGGUUCUGCUGGUGCCCACGGCGCUGGUAGUGCAUUCGGUUCUGCUGGCGGUUCUGCUGGCGCCCACGGCGCUGGCGGUUCAUUCGGUUCUGCUGGCGGUUCUGCUGGUGCCCACGGAGUUGGCGGUUCAUUCGGUUCUGCUGGCGGUUCUGCUGGCGCCCACGGCGCUGGCGGUUCAUUCGGUUCUGCUGGCGGUUCUGCUGGCGCCCACGGCGCUGGCGGUUCAUUCGGUUCUACUGGUGGUUCUGCUGGCAGCCAUGGCGCUGGCGGUUCAUUCGGUUCUGCUGGCGGUUCUGCUGGCGGCCAUGGCGCUGGUAGUUCAUUCGGUUCUGCUGGCGCCCACGGCUCUGGUAGUUCAUUCGGUUCUGCUGGCGGUUCUGCUGGCGGCCAUGGCGCUGGCAGUUCAUUCGGUGGUGGUGCUGGCGGUGGUGCUGGUGGUCAUGGCACCACUUCUCAUGGAACCGGUGCAGGCUGCUGUGGUGAUGCUUCAUCCGGUUCUGGCACUUCCCACGGCGCUGGUUCAUCACACAGCUCAGGUGCAUUUGGUGCCAGUGGUUCAUCUCACGGCUCUGGUGCCUUCGGUGCUGGUGGUGCAGGCCAUGGUUCUGGUGCAUUUGGUGCUGGUGGUGCAGGUGGUGCAGGCCAUGGUUCUGGUGCAUUUGGUGCUGGUGGUGCAGGUGGUGCAGGCCAUGGUUCUGGUGCAUUUGGUGCUGGUGGUGCUGGUUCUGGUUCUGGUGCCUUUGGUGCUGGUGGUGCAGGCCAUGGUUCUGGUGCCUUUGGUGCUAGUGGUGGUGCAGGCCAUGGUUCUGGUGCAUUUGGUGCUGGUGGUGCUGGUUCUGGUUCUGGUGCCUUCGGUGCUGGUGGUGCAGGUUCUGGUUCCGGGGCCUUCGGUGCUGGAGCUCACGGGGCCGCAGGAGGCUCUGGAGCUGGCGGGCAGAAGGUGACAGUGGUGAAGCAGACACGCCCAGGAUCAGUCUUCAUUGCUUCCAAGGGCACGGCUCCUGAUGGCUCCUUCCACUCCAGUUCAUCCUUCUCCUCCUUCAGCUCCUCAAGUGGGAAAGGAAGCGCAACUGCCUCCGUGCACGGUCCAGGAGGAUUGUUGACCGUCAGUACUGUUGGCCGUCCUGGACAGUGUCCCUCCAUCAGCUCCUGUGGCACUAGAGGAUACGGCGCCAAGUGUAACUCAGACGUAGAAUGCAGCAAUCCAACAGAUAAGUGUUGUUUCAGUCCCUGUAGCGGCAACCAAUGGACGUGCACAAAACCCCAAGAUAAGAAGCCGUGGUAAGAUCUAGUAAGCGCCCAUUGCCCCGCCCCGCCUACACAACACGCGACCUUAUCGUUAAUAGGGAGGAAAGAAGAUGACGUUGCGGUGUUUACGACAAAAAUAACAUGAAGUGUCCGUGAAGCUUCGUCAGUAGUGCUGAACAAGAAUCCACGAAGCAUUCAAGAGUAACAAGAAGCUAGCAUCGUGGCUUCCUCGUGGUUUCAUUCCUAUAGUUUCCAUAUGGCUUUGUUGAUGAUACAAAUAAAGAUGAAAAUCUGUUGA